AUGGACGACCUGGCUGGCAAGUGGGCCCGUUUGUCGCUCAACACACAAGAGAGUCAAACGGUCCCACUAGCACCAACCACAGAAGACAACACCAGAAUUCUUAUUGCAAAACUCUUCACCAAGCGCCAAGUCAACAUCGAGGCACUAUCAAGAACACUUAGAAGCAUGUGGCGUUCUAUCCAGGAGUUCGAGAUCCGUGACCUUGGAUCCAACACGGUUUUACUCCUCUUCUCUGAUGAGGCCGAUACUCUCAAGAUCCUGGCGCAGCAACCAUGGUCUUUUGACAAGUACCAUAUUGGUCUCUAUAAGCCUAUGGAGCAUGAAUCAGUGGAAGCCGCCACCUUUGACUAUGCUACAUUCUGGAUCCAACUACACAACCUACCCAUCACAUGCACGAACAAAGCCAACGCAAAGGCCAUCGAACGAACCUUGGGUAGAGUUGAACAGGUUGAUACCUCUCUGAGUGGCGAAUGCCGAGGAAAAUAUAUCAGAGUUCAUGUCACUCUCGAUAUACGCCAGCCCCUCCCACGUGGCCGUUUUGUGGACAUGGGAAACUCUGAAUCUCUGUGGAGUUCAGUCCAAUAUGAAAAGAUGCCGAUUUUUUGCUACUGGUGUGGCUUAUUAAACCACGACGAGAAGGACUGUAAAGUCUGGCUUGAUAGUAACGGCACCUCGAAUAAGGAUGAUCAGCAAUACGGUCCUUGGUUGAGGGCCAACACCACCAACAUACAACAACCUCAGGUAGUGAAUAGUAGAACCUCCUACACCCCACCGCCUCCUUCAAACCUCUACCCUACACCCUCACCACAAACAAAACCGUUACCUUCGUCAACCAUAACGGCUGUCCCAUCGCAACAAACACCAUCAUCAAUACCACCCGAGAAUCAUGCUACACCAUCAUCAAUACCACCCGUGAAUCAUGCUACACCCCAAAAAUCGAUGCCUACAAAUACGAAAAUAUUAUCUGGCCCUGAUCUUUUCCUUGCACACAUCACGAACAUUGUCCAUGCAUUAAACUCCUCUCCAAAUCAAAACUCCAUGACCCCAACAACACAGCUGGCAUAA